AGGCUAUGUUUACAUUGUAUCGGAUCACUUUGCGUCCGACGCAAAAACCAUACCGGAUAGGGCUUCUGUUUACAUAUGAAAUGUUGUUAUCGUCUCAAUUUCUGCAACGGACCGGUGGUGCGGCGGUUCGCUCUUCGAAGUGGUGCGCGGUGUAUCGGAUCGGUUUUUGCAACGCUCUCAUUGCAAUGUAAACACCAGGGCGCUUACAAUCGGAGCAAUUUUGGGGUUCAAUCAUGAUUCAAGAUGGCGGCAAGCAAACAACAAACGUUACGUUUGGCAAUGUUAAUGUUGUUUACGGGCAUAUCUUGCUCACUUUUUCAACUGACAUCUGCACUAUUUUCACUUCUGGUAAUAAUGUACAAGAAACGACGAAGGUAUAGACUGAUGGCUGUGCUGGAGUCUCGUAUGAGACGGUCAAAGUUGAUAAGAAGACGACCUCGAAGAAUGUGGAUAAGACCUGGUCGCUCAAGUAUAUGGUGGGAAAACUUUAUAAACGAAAAGGUUGUCAGUGAAGAAUGGAAGGAAAAUUUCCGUAUGUCUAAACCUAACUUCCUGAAACUUUGUAAUCAGUUGCGGCCAUAUCUUGAGAAGAAAACGACUAGAUAUAGAAAACCUUUAUCUGUAGAGAAACAAAUUGCAAUCACACUUUACUAUGUUGCUGACGAAGGACGAUUGCAAAAGGUUGCAAAUGCCUUUGGGAUUGCAAGAUGUACUGCUUCAGUUGUAAUUAGGCGUGUCACACAAAUAAUCAGUUAUGUUAUGGGAAGAAGUUAUAUUAAACUACCAGAAACAGAAGAUGAAGUAAAAUUUCUUGUGACAGAGUUUUACAAGAUACAUGGAUUUCCACAAUGCCUCGGCGCUGUUGAUGGUACUCACGUUCCAAUUAAAAGACCACAAGAAAAUUCAACUGAUUUUAUAAACAGAAAAGGUAGACACUCGAUCAAUGUCCAAGCAUGUGCCGACUAUAAAUACUGUUUUCUCGAUGUAGUGAUCAAAUGGCCGGGGAGCGUUCAUGAUGCUCGCAUAUUUGCAAACUCAAGCCUAAACCAAAAACUGCGAGAUGGCACAAUUCCCUCUUGUCCCAGAGUAGUUGUUGAGAAUGAAGAUCCUGUGCCCAUCUGUAUAUUAGGUGACCCUGCCUACCCCCUCUUGCCUUUUCUAAUGAAAGAGUUUGCUGAAGGGGGGAAAGAUGCUCAGGAACAAUUUUUUGGAUACAGACUUUCUUCUGCUAGGAUGGUCAUAGAGUGUGCCUUUGGGAGAUUGAAAGCUCGCUUUGGUUGCCUGAGAAGAGAGAUGGACAUUAAUAUUGAUGACCUCCCUGCUGUAAUUCACACCUGUUUCAUUUUACAUAAUUUCUGUGAAAUGAAUAAUGAAAUUGUAAGUAAACAGAUGGUUGAACAGGCAGUGCAGUAUGAUGUUGAGUUCCAAAGGCAAAGGCAACCUGGUCCAAAUCUGCCCACCAAUGAAACCGCUGGAAAGAGAAUUCGUAGAAUUUAUGUCAAAUACUUUGAAUAAGUAUAAAAUAUGGUACUCUAUAUAUUGUAUGUUGUGUUUACAUUUACGCUCAAUCACUCAUAUUGCUAAAUACACUGUUCCUUACAGUUACAGGUGUUAAGAAUAGUGUUUUACUUGGAUGUUUCUAAUUGUCACAAGAGGAUUUU